UUUCCCAGCAACCGACCGCCCGGAAUGCUGACAUGUUUGCUCAUUCCUACCCUAUGCGUCAUGACUGUCUGUCUCAUCUUCUUCUGCUAUGACACCACCAGCAGCCUCGCCGCCUCUUCGGACUCGAUUUUGCCUGCAGAUUCGGACGCUCAGGCUCCUCCUCUUACCCCGAAUGUCCUCCAGGUCCAGAACUCUCAACCCGCUUUUGACAUCUUCUCGCUUGCAUUCCAGCCCCCAAACCGCGACGGCGUCCGCACCCUCCCUCGUGUCGACCGCGCCCACCUGGCCAAACUCGACUCCCUCGCGCUCCUCCUCGACCCAUCCGACGAAACCAACCCGCUUCACCCUUCUGCCAUCCUCGAAGCCAAGACUCGCUGGCCUCCCGUGGUCACCUCCCUCCCCGCUCCGCCAACACCGCAACGGCCCAGCGACCAGGCCCUCUGCGGCUCGCCGCGCUGCCGCUUCCUCCUCCCCCUCCGCAUAUCCGAGCCCGAAGCCCGCGCCCGGAACCACGUCGCACAACUCGCUCGCCUCGCCCAGUCCCUAAACCGCACGCUCGUGCUUCCCAACGCGGGCAAGGGCCGCCUCGGCGCAUGCUUCCACUGGCCGCUCGCGCGCUACUACGACGUCGGCGGCCUCGGCGCGCACACCGCCCCCCUCGACGCCUUCCAGUCCUGGACGCGCGGGCGCGGGUCGAUCCCGCCUACCGCACAGAUCGCCUGGCUGUCCGCGCGCGCGGACGCCGCGCUCGACUACUCCGAGACGAUCACGCGCCCCGAGCUCGUCGCGGGCGUCCUCGCGUCCGAGAUCGACGAGGUCGUGUCGCGCCUGCCGGGGUGCCUGGACACCAAGUUUGCUCUGUCGCUGGACGCGCACGCGCCGGUGUUCGUGCGGCCGGAGCGGAGGGCGCUGAAGGGAGGGCAGGCGGGGGAGGCGAUCGCGGAGGCGCUGGAGGCGCUGGCGGGGGAGCACAAUCGGGCGGCGGACGCGCCAGUGCCACUCGAGCCGGCGGACGUCUUGGUGGUGAAUUGGGAUCUUCGCGCGCCGCUGUUCUCUGACGUGCGCAAACUCGCUCACGCUCCGGACUUGGCGGCCGCUGCAGGCGCUAUGGCACCUGUCAAGCCCUUCGUUGCUGUCGACUGGCGGAUGGAGAGCUUGGACGAGGAAACAAUCCUCGUCUGCGCUCGUUCCCUCGUGGCUACGCUCGGGAAGGUUCUGCUCGCUCACGACGAUAUUCACGACGUCUGGCUUGGCAUCGACGUGCCACUUUCUGUCGCCAAAGUGGAGGAGCUCGAUCUUCCGUCGGUCCUUGCGCUUCAGGAGCGCGGCGUGCGCCAGCACCAUGCAGACGGAGCGAAGGUCGUUUCUCGUGCCUUCCGUAGUGGCGGCGAACUGGAAGGCUGGAAGGUGCGCGGGUACGAGGAGUUCGACAACGCAGGGCUCUCGAUGGAGACUCUGCAAGAUGUUGGAGUCAGGGAUAUUGUCAACCGUCUGAUGGGAGGAGAGGCAUCGCUGUUAAUCGCCAGCGGGGAGUCUUGCGGGAAGCCUGGGUAUGUGUCGAAUAUUUGGUACAGGAGAGUGAACCUGACUGAUCACAUCGUCAGCGUAUCGACCCAGAACCUGAUCGACGAGCGAAAAUCAGCCUUCGCUGGCGAGGCUGGGCCUACCAUGUUCCGCAACGAUGUCGUCUACUUCGAGCAGUAAUCACAUCCCUGGGGCAAACGGACAGCGAGUAUGACGAAUGGCAUAGAAAGUAGAUGGAACGCAUGAUCAUACAACGCAUAUUUUCCUCAA